CAAGUGUUGGUUUGUUCUCCAUCUAACAUUGCGGUGGAUCAACUUGCUGAGAAGAUUCACCGUACUGGGCUGAAGGUUGUUCGGCUUUAUGCGAAGUCUCGAGAAGCACUGGACACAAACGUUGAAUUUCUUGCAUUGCACGCUCAGUUGAAAGCGCUCAAGGAGUCUGCCGAAUUGCAGAAACUUCAACAGUUGAAGGAAGAAAUUGGUGAAUUGUCGGCUGCUGAUCAGGAGCGUUACAUCAAUCUGAAGAAAAUGAGUGAGCAUAAGCUCCUGGCGGCCGCUGACGUGAUUUGUUGUACGUGUUCUUCUGCGGCCGACGCACGUCUGUCGAGGAUUAAAAUCAAGUGUGUUUUGGUUGACGAAUCGACCCAAGCAACCGAACCAGAAGUGCUCGUUUCAAUAGUGAGAGGUGUUCGACAGCUCAUACUGGUAGGAGAUCAUUGUCAACUCGGACCCGUCAUCUUAUGCAAGAAGGCUUCGAAGGCUGGCUUAUCUCAGUCUUUGUUCGAACGCCUUGUUCUUCUUGGCAAUCGACCGAUUCGACUCCAGGUGCAAUAUCGUAUGCAUCCAGAGUUGUCAUCCUUCCCGAGCAAUGUUUUUUACGAGGGUAGCUUGCAAAAUGGAGUAACUCAAACCGAACGUCAACUUCGCGGUGUAGAUUGGGAAUGGCCGGUUCCUGGGCGUCCAAUGAUUUUUUGGUCGUGCUAUGGGCAAGAGGAGAUGAGCGCUAGCGGUACAUCGUUCCUGAAUAGAACAGAAGCAGCAAAUGUAGAGAAACUUGCCAGCAAGUUGAUAAGAGGUGGCAUGCGGCCAGAACAGAUAGGCAUCAUCACUCCAUAUGAAGGACAACGAUCUUAUAUCGUGCAAUAUAUGCAUACGCAGGGGACGCUCAACAGCAAGCUGUACGAGAAUAUGGAAAUAGCGAACGUUGACGCCUUUCAGGGACGUGAAAAGGAUCUGAUCAUCGUCACAUGCGUACGUUCUAACGACCACUCUGGAAUUGGUUUCUUGAAUGAUCCACGCCGUUUGAAUGUGGCUUUAACUAGGGCUAAAUAUGGCCUGAUCAUUAUUGGUAAUGCAAAGGUACGUGAGGAGUGUUUACUUUAUUGA